AUGCUUAAUGCUCUCCUCGACAUAGGCUAUGACCUCCUUGACAGGGGUUGGAUCCCGGACUUCAUCUUACGACGUGUCAUUCGCGCUCUUUGUCGCCAAAGGCUGCGUGAAAUAGACCUGGGAUCGUUUGAAGCCAAUCAUGCCGCCAAAAUGAAGUGGAUAGAAGAUGUUCGGGCAAGGACGACAAUUGCAGACGUUCCAGAGAAAGCGAAUGAGCAACAUUAUGAGGUCUCCACCAAGUUCAUUUUGUCAACGCUAGGUCCAUGCGGAAAAUAUUCCUCGUGUUUAUAUCCAACUGGAAGGGAGACUCUUGAAGAAGCCGAAAUUCUCAUGUUCGAAAGCUAUUGUGAGAAGGCCAAGCUGCAUGAUGGGCUGGAUAUUUUGGAUCUGGGAUGCGGUUGGGGUAGCUUGAGUCUUUUCUUAGCAAAAAAAUAUCCCAACGCAAAGAUCACGGGUCUUUCUAAUUCUGUUACUCAGAAGGCACACAUAGAUGCAACGGCUAAGGAGCGUGGUUUCUCCAACGUUGAAAUCAUUACAGCGGACGUCAACACAUUCGAUUUCUCUGGGUCAAAGCAUUUUGACAGAAUUCUCUCUAUCGAGAUGUUUGAGCACAUGAAGAAUUACGAAGUGUUGCUCAAGAAAGUGUCUGGCUGGUUGCACCCUUCUAACAACGACUAUCCGGACGAGGCGUUGUUAUUCGUCCAUAUUUUCUGCCAUCGCAUCACCCCGUACCACUUCGAAGAAGGUGAUGGGUGGAUGGCGCGAAAUUUCUUCUCUGGUGGAACAAUGCCAUCUCAUGACCUUUUGUUAUUCUUCCAGUCCAAUCUCACCUUGAUUCGAAGCUGGUACCUAUCGGGAACGAACUACUCUAGAACGCUAGAAGAUUGGCUAAAGCUGCAAGACAGGAAUGCAGCAGCUUGUCUAAAGGAACUGCGAGAAGACGCUAUAUCCAAAGGAAAAGAUCCAAUUGAAGGAGUCAAGGCCUUCUACAGGUUUCGCGUGUUCUAUAUGGCAUGCUCUGAGCUGUUCAACAUGGACAAUGGACAGCAAUGGGGUGUUGGGCACUACCUCUUCAAGGCCAAGUACAACUAG